AUCGUCACGCGUUACACCCCCCACCCGAAAAAAAAAAAAAUUAAUAACUGCGAGGAGUUCUCCUCCCGCGGGACACUUCCACAAUGUGCGCAGACAAGCUGGAGAAGUUGACCAAAACGCAAACGAUUGACCUGAGGGCAAAGCUCAUUGGGCCAUCCUGUAAAAUCUUCUUCAGCGAUGACCCCAUCAAGAUUGUGCGCGCCAGGGGUCAGUACAUGUACGACGAGAAGGGUCAGCGCUACCUGGACUGCAUCAACAAUGUGGCUCACGUGGGUCACUGCCACCCGGAUGUGGUUUCGGCGGGCGCGCUGCAGAUGGAGACGCUGAACACCAACUCUCGUUUCCUGCACGACAACCUGGUGCUCUACGCCCAGCGGCUGCAGGCCACCCUACCCGCCCAGCUCUCGGUCUUCUACUUCGUUAACUCUGGAUCGGAGGCCAACGACCUGGCGCUCCGCCUCGCCCGCCAGUACUCGGGCAGCCAGGAUAUCGUCACCCUGGACAACGCCUAUCACGGUCACGUGACAUCUCUCAUCGAAAUCAGCCCCUACAAGUUGCACCAUAUGCCCCAUGUGCCGCUCAACCCAUUUGUCCAUGUGGCCCCGAGCCCGGACGUGUACAGAGGCCGAUACAGACGUGACCACCCGGAUCCCGCAAAAGCCUACGCCGACGAAGUCCGAGAUGUCAUCAAGCGAGUGCAAACGCAAGGAGGCAAGAUUGCCGCUUUUAUUGCGGAGUCUUUGCAGAGUUGCGGUGGGCAGGUCAUCCCUCCCGCUGGCUACUUUCAGCAAGUGGCCGAGCACGUCCAUAAAGCAGGGGGACUCUUCAUCGCCGACGAAGUGCAGGUGGGCUUCGGCCGGGUGGGCACCCACUUCUGGGCCUUCCAGCUUCAGGGCGACGACUUUGUGCCUGACAUCGUCACCAUGGGCAAACCCAUCGGCAACGGGCACCCCAUGUCGUGCGUGGUCACCAGCAAAGAGGUGGCCGAGGCCUUCGCGUCGUCGGGAAACGAGUAUUUCAACACGUUCGGAGGUAAUCCGGUGUCGUGCGCCAUCGGCCUGGCCGUCCUGGACGUGAUCGCCAAGGAAGACCUGCAGGGUCAAGCUUUGCGAGUCGGGGGGUACCUCAUUUCCCUGCUGGAGAAGCAAAAGUCGAAGCACCCGCUGAUCGGCGACAUCAGGGGUCGCGGCCUGUUUGUGGGCGUGGAACUGGUGAGGGACAGGUCCAAGCUGACGCCUGCUACAGCGGAGGCCCAAGAAGUCAUCUAUUGGUUGAAGGAGGAGCGCGUGCUGAUGAGCGCCGACGGGCCGCACCGCAACGUGCUCAAGUUCAAGCCUCCCUUGUGCUUCGGCACUGACGACGCCGACUUUGUGGUGGACAAAAUGGACGCCGUACUCACCGAAAUUGAAGCAGCCAUAGGUUUGAACGCUGCCAACGUGCUCAAUGGAGAGAAUGACGUCAACUGAAGAAAGGUGGCAUCGAAUGAAGGCACUUUUACAUAAUCAUCGCCACUUGGCGCACGGUCAACGUGUGAUGACAUCGUGAGAGCAAGCCUGCCAUGGGCAACACAAGUCAAAUAUUUACUGUUAAAUCAGAAUUAAGUCUGCUCAGGUAUAUAUAUAUUUUUUUUAAUUUUAAGACUUGACUAAGUUUGCAACGUCAGAGAUGCAAGCUCCUACGUACAACGUCCUCAUUUCUCGGUGCUGAAUGAAUUGAUUCUGACGAUUUUUAAAAAAUCACAGCCUCAGAAGAGCAGUAUAAGUAUUUUACAUGACAUACAUAUUUAAUUCAUGUGGGUUAUGAUCAUCAACAGGUAGGAAUUGUGCAAUAUGUUUUUGGAUGUUGUAAUUGUGAGUGAUUGACGUGCAAUACGCUAGCAUGCCUCUUGAAGUGGAGGAAACCUCAAAUAACAGAAGUCAUUAAAUGCAACAUUGAGCAAACGUGUGUCGUUCUAUCGGGAGUUUUUUUGGUUUUGUUUUUAGUUCUUCAACAGUCGACCACCACUGCAAGAGCUUCUGAAAACACUUUUAUUUCAGGAUUGGGUAGCAAAAAAAAAAAUUUUAAGAAAAAAAAUAAACUGGUAAGUUUAGUAGGAAAAAGAAAGAAAUCCCACUUCUUGAUGCUUCAUUUCAGUUGCAAGUUGUUUCUCUCUCUUGAAUUUCGGCAGAAAUGUCCGCGCUUUCAGUCCAUCGUGAAUCGUCACGACGAUUCAUCAUUGUGACGAUCGUCCGCACUUGAGUGCGGCGGCAGGUGCGUUCAUCCCAUAAGAUAUC